CGUUACAAAUUGCACGAAGAGAACAAUGAGCCUUCACAUUGGGACCGUGAUGAUCUUCUACUGCAUUUUGUUGACGGAUCUAAGGAAAAUAUGGUCUCUUGGUCCAAUUUGGAUAGGGUUUAUUUCCCAAUUAAUAUAACUGCUGAUCAUUGGGCUGCUGGUGUGAUAGACCUUCAAGAAAAGAGGAUCAUUUGUUAUGAUUCACUUAUCAAGCACACCAGACAGGAGACAUUUAGUAAUGAAAUGAAAUCCAUUGCAACAUUGAUCCCCAAGAUGCUGAAGCGGGCCAACGUCAUCGACGAUGAAUCUCCAUGGACCAUAGAGCGUCAACCUGAAGUUCCUCAACAACAAAAUGGUUCGGACUGCGGCAUGUUCUGUAUAAAAUUCAUAGAGAUUCUCUCAGCCGAUAAGGACGUGACCAUUUUGAAACCUGAGGACAUGGGAUUUAUUAGGAAAAAAUUUGCAGUCGAGACAUGGAAAAUGGGCACGAUGAGAACGUAA